UAUUAUGUUUAAAAAUGUACAUUUGCCAUGUACUGUGUUUAAAAUUACUUCUCAUUUUCAUCUUCUAUGUUUCCAUACCAACUCUGUAUACAAAUCUAACUCAAAAAUCACUAACUCUUUCAAGAAUGGUGAUAUUAAAAAUGCACUCAAACUGUUCGGUGAAAUGCCAAUCAAAAAUAUUGUAACAUGGAACUGUAUGAUAUCUGGUUAUGUUAAAAAUGGGCUGGUUUACAAUGCACGUAAACUGUUUGAUCAAAUGCCUCAGAGAAACGUUGUCUCUUGGACCGCGAUGUUAAAUGGGUAUGCGAAAUGUGGGAGAAUGGAUGAGGCCAAGAGGUUGUUUGAUGCCAUGAAUGAUAAGAAUGUGGUUUGUUGGAAUGCCAUGUUAUCUGGGUAUGUUAGGAACGGGCGGUUCGAUGAGGCGAAGAGGUUGUUUGAUGAUAUUCCGGUGAAAAAUGCGGUAUCGUGGGCUGUUAUUAUUGAAGGGUGUUUUUGUAAUGGGCUUGUUGGCGAAGCGAAGAAGUUGUUUAGUGAAUGUUGUUUUGAGGAUGUUUUGAUUAAUAACGCGAUGUUAGCUGGUUAUGUUGAGAUGGGUGACGUUGAGUCGUUAUGGAAGUUGUUUGAUGAAAUGUCUAAACGUGAUGUGGCGUCGUGGACUACUGUGAUUCGUUGUUUAACGAGAUAUGGGAAUAUGGAGAAAGCGAGGGCGUUGUUUGAGAAAAUGCCUAUGAAAGAUGUGAUUGCUUGGACUGUUAUGAUUCAAGGGUAUCUAUUUAACAAUCAGAUUGAAGAGGCUCGGAAACUGUUUGAUGAGAUGCCUUCUCGAGAUAUAGUUACAUGGAACUCGAUGAUCGAUGGAUAUGUUAAAAAUGGAAACUUAGAAAAAGCUGUUGAGCUUUUCAAGAAUAUGCCAAAGCGUAAUGUAGUGUCAUGGAACACGAUUCUUCAGGGAUAUGUACUAGAAGAUGAUAUGGUAAAAGCUCGAGGGUUUUUUAAGAAUAUUCCUGGUAAAGAUCAAACGACUUGGAAUAUAAUGAUUUGUGGAUUGCAAAGUGAGGAGGCUUUGGAUUUAUACUCCCAAAUGCUGCAGAAGGGAAUCAAACCCGAUCAGGUGACAUUAACUGGUUUGAUAUCUGUUUGUGGAUCGCUUGCUGUACACAGUUGGGGGAAAGCAAUGCACUCGUUUGUAAUAAAAUACGCUUAUGAUAAUGAUUCGAUUGUUGUUAGUUCAUUGAUAUCCAUGUACUCAAAGUGUGGUUAUAUGGAUGAUGCUAAUUUAGUUUUUGAAGCGACAGUAAUAAAAGAUACAGUUUCUUGGAACGCUAUGAUAGUGGCACAAGCAUAUCAUAGUUCUGCUAAUAAAGCCCUCGAACUAUUCUGUUCCAUGACUGAAUCUGGAUUUCAACCCAACAAUUUGACCUUUUUAGGGCUCUUAACGGGGUGUGCUCAUUCAGAUAUGGUCAAAGAAAGCUGGGAUUGCUUCAAGUCGAUGGAAAGGGAUUGGAACAUACAUCCGACAGCUGAACAUUAUGCAUGUAUGAUUGAUGUUCUUGGUCGAACAGGGAUGUUAUCCGAAGCAUAUGAAUUAGUUAAGCAAUUGCCGGUUGAAAUUCCAUCAUACACAUGGGAAACGUUACUAAGUUGUUGUAGAGUUCAUGAGAAUUUUGAACUAGGGGAACUGGUGGCGGAAAAGCUUUCUGGUACUCGGGAUUUAGAUGCUGGGAUGUGUGUACUCAAGUCAAAUAUAUAUGCUGCAAGAGGAAUGUGGGAAGAUGCAGCUAAUGUUAGAACGUUACUAGCACGUCGUGGGGUGAAGAAAGAAUUGGGGUGUAGUUGGAUUGAACUCCAAGGCCAGGUUUUCCGAUUUGUUUACAAUGACAAAUCACAUAUUAAAUUGGAAGAGUUGCACAAAAUGCUGGAGAGCCUGUCUGCUGUAAUAGAUGUAUAUUGCUAAGUGAAACCGACCCCAUUAAAACCAUGCCGAGUUUGUUUGCAUCUGGUUCAGAACCAUUUUGGUCCCAAAAAUGAUUUCAGAUGCAAGAAUAACUCAUUUGGUUUGAAGAGAUAAGACUUAUUUGGUUCUGGUCAUGAACCCAUUGACCAAGAACCAAUUUUUUGAAAGCAUCUAGAUAGUAGAACUGAGUAUAGCCGCUAUCGGUCCAGUAUAGUCCGGUUCCUGCCUCUCGGUUCAUAUAUUUUGUAUGUUCUUGCACACCCUUACUAAAAUUGUACACUAGUGACAGUCCGCAUAUCUUUUUAUAAAACAGG